AUGUUCCACAUCAACUCGACUUAUAUUUACUUUUUUCUUGUAGAAAUCAACACGGAUCGCUUCGAUAAUUUUUAUAUUGAUGUAUCUAACAACACCAUUGAAAGACAUAGAUGUUACACAGAUACUGAAUUGGGCAGACCGGCAGAUAUUGAAACAAUCCCGUGCAAACAUAUUGCCCAGUAUGUAGUCGUUGAAACUACCCAUUUCUCACAUAAUGGUGUUUACUUUGAGAUUGCAGAGAUUCAAGUUUUCGGAUGCCCCAUUCAGAUGAACAAUAAUCCAUGUCCUAGCGAAUGUAUCGGUGAUCUCAAUUGUGGUCAAAAUUGCAGUGCAAACUGUAGGGGAGGUUGUAAUACAAAGACGGGUGAAUGUAUUUAUGGUUGCAAAGAGGGCUGGAUGGGAAUCCGAUGUGACAAGUGUGUCCUGGGAAGAUUUGGACCGACAUGUUCCGCUAUUUGCACGAAAUGCAAAAAUAAAACUUGUACUGGACAAUAUUUGAAGAACUGUUAUGAAACUGGAUGUAGAAUUGAGUCAAAAAACUGCGAAGGAUUUACAAAUAUCUGUAAAAGCGGAUACUUUGGAGAAUACUGUACAUCCAAAUGCAGUCCUAAUUGCGGGGAUGGUACAUGCAAUCAAGAAACAGGUGACUGUGCAUCCUGUAAAAAUAACUGGAGAGGCCGAUUUUGUAAUGAUUCAUAA